CCAAUGCCGGGGGGUCCAGUGACGUCGCGGGGUGGAAGAAGACGACAGAACAGGAAUGAAAACAAGAGAGGGGCACGCCUUCUCUCUUUAAGGUUAUGGCAGCUGAAAAAGUGCUGCUGGCAGAGCUGCACGGGGAGACUAAAUAACAACACAAACAACUAUUACGACAACAACAAAACGUCUAUGGUUCACUAAACAUCGUGAGUGCGUACCCCUGCAGAAAUGGAGCUCACAGAAAUGACAGACUGCGUUGACACAAGCCGUUGAUGAAUGCUAUUGAAUAUAACGAUUGACUCACCACUCGCUAGAAAAAAAUGCCCAACCAGAAGAACAACAAGGGGAAGAAGAGCAAACGCACUAACAGCAGCGGGGAUGAACAGGAAAAUGGAGCCUGCGCGGCCGCAACAGGAGGCGCGGCCGCGGUUGCUGCUGCUGCUGCACCCGGGAGCGAGCGUUCGAGUGAGGUCCAGUGUGCGACCCCUCUGGUCUGCAGCUUGAGCCGGCCCAUUGACCUGGAGAAGGAUGACUACCAGAGGAUCCAGUGCAAUAAUGAACUGUGUCCUUACGGAAACUGGAUGCAUUUGCAGUGUUUCUAUGAAUGGGAGAGCUCUAUUCUGGUACAAUUCAACUGCAUCGGCCGUGCACGUUCGUGGAAUGAGAAACAGUGUCGACAGAACAUGUGGACCAAGAAAGGAUACGACCUAGCUUUUAGGUUCUGCUCUUGUCGUUGUGGCCAAGGUCAUCUGAAAAAAGACACUGACUGGUAUCAGGUGAAGCGCAUGCAGGACGAACGAAAGAAGAAGCCAUCUGAGAGGAGCACUGGGAGGACAGGGUCCUGUGGAGGGGCUUCUGGGCCUGGGGAUGGUGUGUUUGAUGACCCUAGGAAACGACAGCAAACAGGAGGACUAGGUAAAACAACGCAUAGAGCGUCGAGUCAGGAGCAACCGCGAAGACAAUCAGUGGACCGCCAGAACUCAGUUGAGAGAGGAGCAGGUGCAGCAGGAGGUUUCUUUCCUUUAGGGCCUCUAAAAUCUCCAUGCGACUCGCCAGGACAGUCUCCUCCAACUGGUUUCUCCUUCUCGCCAACCACCGUCCUUGGACAAGGUGGAGUUGGUUCAGGUUUUCGGGGUUCCCGGCAAUUAGGAGAAUUCCUCAAAACUGCAGUUCACAUGGAUGCUCAACGGAAGCAACUUAUAGUUGGCGGAUCCCUGAGCCGAGCCUCUGGUUGCGUUCCUCACCUUGAACCCGCAGCUGUUCUGCCCCUACCGAUGGCUUUUACCCUCCCUCUUCAUCACCGGCUUGCAUCAGGCAGCAUAAGUGAUGGCACCCUUCCACAGCCUGUACAGUUCCUGAGGAGGCUGGACCUCUCGGAGCUACUCACUCACAUCCCUCGCCAUAAACUCAACACCUACCAUGUUAGAAUGGAGGACGAUGCCCAGGUGGGCCAGGGAGAAGAAUUGCGCAGGUUCAUUCUGUCCACACUCAGUGCAAGCCAGAGGAACGUGGUGAACUGUGCGCUGUGCCACCGAGCGCUCCCAGUUUUUGAACAAUUUCCACUAGUGGACGGGACAAUGUUCCUUAGCCCAUCACGCCAUGAUGAGAUUGAGUACGAUGUUCCUUGCCACCUGCAAGGUAGGUUAAUGCACCUCUAUGCCAUAUGUGUGGAUUGUCUCGAAGGUGUCCACAAGAUCGUGUGCAUCAAAUGCAAGUCCCGGUGGGAUGGGAGCUGGCACCAACUAGGCACGAUGUACACCUACGACAUCUUGGCUGCUUCUCCUUGUUGUCAGGCCCGUCUCAACUGUAAACACUGCGGGAAGCCAGUGGUCGACGUUCGUGUCGGGAUGCAGUAUUUCUCCGAGUACAGCAAUGUGCAGCAGUGCCCUCACUGCGGUAAUCUGGACUAUCACUUUGUCAAACCUUUCUCCUCCUACAAAGUACUCGAGGCUUAUUGACAAAUGUUGUCCAUGCAUGCUAGUUAAUGCAUUUAUUUUUACGGUUUAGGAAACUUUAUAUUUUUAAAUGUGGAGAUCAGUUGGAUGUCUUCAGUUCCCACAUGUUAAGACUAACGGAGCAUGAUUCUCAUGAAAGUACCGAGGCUCUUUAAUGCUGGAAGAUCAACAAUUGUGUUGGAUCAAGUGUGAAGCACAUUUACAGUAUCUGUGACAAGUGAAUGUAUCUGUAAGCCAAAUUAUAUUAUUAUUUUUACCAUAAAAUUAUAUUAUUCUUGAAUAAAUAGUGUGGAUGUUAUCCUAUCAUCAGGUGCUGACCAAAGUUCACAGUAGGAAUGUGAACCUCUUGGCACCUCACGAUAAGAUACGAUUUGCGAUACAAAGCUCACGAUAACGAUGAUCUGAUGAUAUGGCGAUGCAACGAUUAUCAGUAAAUUGGUCAGGAGAUCUUUCCAGGAUUUUCUACAAACAACUAAUAAACAGAAAAACAAGCUUCUGCCGUGAAUUGGAAUGAGUUUAUCACUAGUAGACGUCCAAUCCAUUUGAAAUGGGAGGGUGGCAGCGAAUGAACGAUGAACAUUCGUUCAUUCGCUGCCAUCCCUCCAACUUCAAACGGAUUGAACGUCUAUGGCCGUCAGUGCCAGCCAAUGCCAGGCAAUGAGGUAAUUUUGGGCCAUUUAAGAUCAUUUACCUGUUCAUUUUCAGUUACUUCCUGUUGAUUUUGGGGUAUUUUAUGGGUCACUUCCUGUUUAUUUUGAGUUACAGAACCUGACGUGACUUGGGAAUAACCCAAAUGUAUAGGCAGUGACUCAAAUCAACGGGAAAUGACCUGGAAACGCCCUAAAAUGAACAGCAAGUGACCUGUAAAUGCCCCGAAAAUUGGACCGAAUGACUGUGAAUGCUCGUUUUGAAUGAACGAACGUUCGCAGUCUAAUCGGAUUGGGCGUCGAGCACCGUCAAUGGCAGCCUUAGAGUUAACUGAGACACUAUUAUGGUGGAAGAUUUUGGUAGCAACUUGAUGCUUUGUUUUUUUUUGUUUUGUUUUUUUUAAAAACAUUGACACCAUUCUAAAACGAUAUCUCGAUUCUUGACAUGAGCAUAUCGAUAACCUUUUGGGAUACAAAGUAUCACGAUAUAUCACCAUUUCGAUAUUUCGUCACACCUCUAGUUCACAGCAUUUUUUUUUAUUUUAUUGAUGCUAGUAAAGUUAACAGUGAGGUAGUUUCUAUACAGAACCAAGACAAAAUUGCCACGACCGAUUACCUUCAACAUGAACAUCAACAAUUUGUGAUAUAUAUUUUCUAACCUUGAUUUUACACCUCAUUUUUACGUUUUAAAACUCUCCAUCAAACAAAAUAUGUCACACAAAGUAUGAAUGAUGAUUUUGUCUUAAUUAACAGAAAAUCGUACUCCUCGUUCAAUCUUCAUCUGUAGUUUAUUAAGAAUGGAAACAGGUGCCCAAUGAACAUGAGGGUUCAAUGUACCUUCUGCCAUCUAGUGGAAGAAUUAGGUGUCAGAAUUGUUUGCCUGUCACUUGGUGUCAAACGCAUGUAUUUAGCGACAUCUCGAAAGAUCUCUCAGUCAUGGCACACUAAUGUGCAACAGCACAGUUGGGUAUACCGACUUAUACAAAGUCUACUUGCAAAUGUUUCAUUUCUCGUUGAUCAUUGUUGAGAGGUCCUCUUUUGUGUCCGGAAGCGACGUUUCAUCCUUGGCAGCCUGUCGGCCGGUGGACUGCGAUUGUGAAGUCUGAUCUUUGUCUCUUCUAGACAGUUCCUUUGCUGAAGGUGGCCGAAGAAUGCACAUGGCCGCUUUACCCUCACGUAUGACUCUUGGCUUAGAGACAUAUCCCACCAUCACCUCCAUUUGUUGGACUAUUUGCUCUAGGUUUUCAUCCUGGAGGAAAAUAAGAUUUGUCACGGGGGAAUUCAAGGCACCAUUUGCAAUAAGUUUGGAACUAGUGGUGAAAUAGGAGUGAGUCUUCCUCACCAGAUUAUUUAUAGACUCUCUGCUUGGUGAGCGCAAUGUAAUCCUGACAUGAUGCUUCUUCUCCAACCACCUCUCCACCUGCUUGAAUUUGGUCUUUAGGUCAUGAGGAGCAAUGCCUGAUGAAAAAGUAAGCUCUUUGACCUGCAAAGGAGCUGUACAGAAAAUCCCACAAAAAUUACUUUUAUACUCCCCCCCCCCCCCCCCCCACCUGGUUGUGAUAUGACUUGAGGUAAGUGAAGACAGAUUCUUCUAAAAUAAGGGUCUUGCAAAAUCACAUUGGCUUUUUAUACAGAACCUGGACAUGCGUGCUCACAUAAACUCAAUUUACAACCUAAAUACGCUUUUUACAGUUCUGUGCUUACCUAAUGCAGACAUGUUACUGUUAACAACACUUAACCAAAUUUCCACACACCUGCUUUAGUUUUCUGUUUCUCCCCCAUCUUCAUCUGUUCUUCGUGGAUUUGUUUUCCACUCAUCAAACGAUAUACUGGAGGAUCCUUUUGUUCACUGAGAAGCACCAGUUUGAGACCCUUCUCAUCCAUGAUUCUAAGGACAUCUGCACGGUGGAGGACACCCAUGUCUUCUCCUGCCUCACUGAUAACUUGGAUCUGACGCGCCGAGAUUUUCCGGCCAACGCUGGUGAUUGUGUCACGAGCCCGGGGAUCCUGCUUUUUUCUCUUUACUGCAGGAGAUGGAUUGGAGUCAACUGCCUCAGUGCAAAAGGGAUACCAUCUCCAAGGGUUGGCAAAGAUGCUACUCUUUUCGGCCCUGUUGCAUAUCCUCAAUCCAGGAAUGCCAGGACCGCCACUCUUCAGCAUUUUGAUCCCAUGACAAACAACCUGCCUGACACAGAUUGCAGCCAUGAUCUGAAAACCACACAUGCAGCUUUACAAAUAGACACAAACCUGAACAAUAUUUCAAAUCGUUGUUACAAGUUAAGGCAGGACAUGACAAAUUGUUACAUCACAUAAAAUACCGAGCAAAAUCAAAUUGUUGGCGUACAAACCACCUCAUUACCCCACUAAAAUGAAGAAGUACUGUACAUCUUAUCGUUUUCCUUAAAGAACGAGGAAUUAUUUACUGUAUAUAUUGAAUUAAGUCCAAACAUGUUUUUUUUUAAUUUUUUUAAACGAACACAGAAAAAGGCUUUACUUCUAACGUUGACUAGUAUUUUACAAUAUUUCUGUUUACUGUACUUACUCCCCUGUGCAUGAUUUCAAAUGACUAGUCCUUCAGUCUCACCAGUGGGGUAGGGGAGUUGUUGAUAGUAAGAAACAACAUCAUUUAAGAGCGUUUGUCACAUAGCCAUUCGCUAAACUAAUUAGAAAAAGGAAAGAAAGAAAAAAAAAAACAUGAUUAUUUUAUUACGAUUUGAUCACUACCGUUCAAUGUCGAAAGCUCAUUCUGCAGCAGGAAACAGGGUGAAGGAUUUUUCCGGAAGAUGCUCUUCUUCGUUCUUACCUCAGGAAAACACAUAUGGUAAGUAUUUUACUGCCAUCUAGAGAUCACAAUAUGAAUUACUAUAGUGGGAGGUGGCAAUGUACAGUGGUUUCAUUGGUUUUUCCUAGUUUGUUUUCUCUUAACUUUCUUGCCAGUGGCGCCUCCAGAAAUUUUUCAUAGGGGUGGCCAGAUGGGGCCACUUAAAAUCUUGAGGUGGCCAAAACUAAAAGCCAUAAUUUCAGGUUUUCAUUUUAUUAUUGCAGUAAGAAGGUCAGGGGAAAACUAUCAGAAAGACUUAAGGACACGGCUACUGAUAUACUUUGGUGUAUUGUGUAAUAUUUGAUGUUACUAAUGAUUUAAUGUGCAUAGUCCAUAACUGUCCAGUCAACAUUUUGGGUUCCACAACAAUUCUGUUUUUAUUGCGUUGUGUAUAUAUUAGGCAUAUGGUGUACAUUUAACUAGGGCUGUCAAACGAUUACAAUUUUUAAUCGAGUUAAUCACAGCUUAAAAAUUAAUUAAUUGUAAUUAAUCGCAAUUCAAACCAUUUCUAAAAUAUGCCAUAUUUUUCUGUAAAUUAUUGUUGGAAUGGAAAGAUAAGACAAGACGGAUAUAUACAUUCAACAUACUGUACAUAAGUACUGUAUUUAUUUAUCAUAACAAUAAAUCCACAAGAUGGCAUUAACAUCAUUAACAUUCUUUCUGUGAAAGUGAUCCACGGAUAGAAAGACUUGUGAUUCUUAAAUGAUAAAUGUGAGUUUGUUUUGUAUAUUGUGACAAAAUAUUGCCAUCUAGUGUAUUUGUUGAGCUUUCAGUAAAUGAUACUGUAGCGAUUUAACUGUUCUGCCCAAAUGCACGACGGGAAGUGGUGCAACCAUGACUGUGUGUGGUGGCUGCAAAUGCUAUAUCUUCUCUGCGUUGGGUACACUACAGGGUGUUAAGAAAAUGAUCAACUCCUGUCAUUCGUCCCCACGUCGCUUCCCACAAUAUUUAUAGUUACUGUGGGAGAGAUGACAAAGCUUUUGCCAAUUAAAAUCACGGCCCCAAUUAAUGCUUGUAUCUACUCCACUCACUUGACACUGCCUCUUAUCUCUGUAUUUAAGUAAAACAGCACCAUUGUAGGCUGUUUGCGGCAAUGCAUGAGUGAGUCGUACGGCGAAUUCGUUAAUUGCGAUAAAUAUUUUCACGUGAUUAAAAAAAUCAAUUACCGCCCGUUAAUGCAAUAAAUUUGACAGCCCUACAUUUAACAAAAGAAAAUAAAUGCAUUCAUUUGGGAUGAAAUGCAUAACUGAUGCUACAACAGUCUAACGAUACACUGGCAAGCGGGGUGGCCAGUGGGGUAGCCAACGAAUUUAUAGGGGUGGCCGUGGCCACCCCCUGGUGGUGCCACUGUUUCUUGCACCGCUAUAACCAGUCC